GCCGGGAGGGAGGAAGAUGGCUGGCAAGAAGAACGUUCUUUCGUCGCUGGCGGUUUACGCGGAAGAUUCGGAGCCCGAGUCGGAUAGCGAGGCUGGAGUGGAAGCGUCCGGGAGCGCGACAGCAGCGGAGGAAAAAGGUGGCUUAGUGUCAGAAGCCUAUGGAGAUGAUGAUUUUUCUCGACUUGAGGGAGAUGAAGAUGGUUAUGAGGAAGAGGAUGAAGAAAACAGCAGACAAUCAGAAGAUGACGAUUCAGAGACUGAAAAACCUGAGGCUGAUGAUCUAAAGGAGUUUUCAGAACUGGAAAAGAGAGAUCCCCAGGAGUUGGUUGCCUCCUUCUCUGAGAGAGUCAGGAACAUGUCCCCGGAUGAGAUUACAAUCCCCCCAGAACCACCUGGCAGAUGCUCAAAUCACCUCCAGGACAAAAUACAGAAACUGUAUGAGCGGAAGAUAAAGGAAGGGAUGGAUAUGAACUACAUUAUACAGAGGAAGAAGGAAUUUCGGAAUCCUAGCAUCUAUGAGAAGCUUAUCCAGUUUUGCUCAAUUGAUGAGCUUGGCACCAAUUAUCCCAAGGAUAUGUUUGACCCCCAUGGAUGGUCGGAAGACUCCUACUACGAGGCACUAGCCAAAGCUCAGAAGAUUGAAAUGGACAAAUUGGAAAAAGCUAAAAAGGAAAGAACAAAAAUUGAAUUCGUGACAGGUACCAAGAAGGGCACCACAACCAAUGCAGCUGCCACCACGACCACCACAGCCAGCACCGCAGCUACAGAUGCUCAGAAGAGAAAGAGUAAGUGGGAUUCUGCUAUCCCUGUGACGACGAUAGCCCAGCCCACCAUCCUCACCACCACAGCCACCCUGCCAGCCGUCGUCACAGUGACAACUAGUGCAAGUGGCUCCAAGACUACGGUCAUCUCAGCUGUGGGCACCAUUGUGAAGAAAGCCAAACAGUGACAAGACCUGGUAUAGGGUUGGACAUACCUAUUGUGGGACAGGAAACGCUACCCCAGGACCUUGCCAAGACCAUGACCUCAAGACAUGGAAUGUCCCCUUGGACAUGGCACCCCAUGCACUCACUGGACUAAGGCUUUCCAAAGAGCUUCUCGUUAGCCAAGGAUGAGUUUCUGUCUUGCCAUCCCUGACAAAACAUUCUCUUUCUAGGCCUCCUGAGAGAAUCUGUUGCCCAGUCAUCCAGAAGGACCCUUGUUGCUGAUCAGGGCAGUAGAGACUGCUUGUAGCCAUGUUGAUUUGGCAUCCAUUGCUCUAUUAAAAGUGCUAUAUCAAUAUA